AUGUCUGUACAUUUUGAAAUACAACCACUUGAUCGUAGUCUUGGCUAUAUGUUUAUCUAUAAAUUUAAUGGUACACCUCAUUUGAAUAGUUCGAAAAUAAAUAUUGAUGGAUGGUCUUUAUUCUGUCCAUUGAAUUUAACAAAAGAUGGUAUUUAUAAAUAUUUUAUUGAUAAUCGAAAAAUAUCACAUCAUAAAUUCAUUGUAUUUGGUUUACGAGAAUUAAAUUCAACAGAAAUUGAUGAUUUCUAUCAAAAUACAUUAAUCAGUAGUAGUCCACCUAUAAUUGAUGAACCUUUGAAUUUUACAUCUGACUAUAGAUUACUUAUUUAUACAUCUGGUUGCUAUUAUCUUGAUGAAUAUAAUAAUUGGCAAUCCGAUGGUUUAUGGGUAUGA